CACCCAAAAAAAAGUAUACAAAAAAAAAAUCGGCCACAAAAUUCAAUUCAAUUUUUUUUGUGGUGGUGUUUCUUUUGGCAAUGGAUUCUCUUUUGGACAAAGCUCUUGGUUUACUCGAGAAAGUUCUACGGGAAAAAAUUGAAUUUUAUGAAGGCGUGUGUGCAGUCGAAGAUUCGGUGGAUGAAAUUAUAAAGAAACUUCAGGCAUUCCGUCAAAUUGAAGGUCAACCAAAAUUUGAUUCCGAGGUAUAUGCGUUCGCCGUAGAUGCCUUUUGCUCAAUACAGGAUUUAGUUCGUGGCCUCCCAAUUUUUCCAAGUUUGAUCCCGAUAGAGUUACAUUUGUUCAAAACAAAUAUGAUGAGCGUGAUAAAGAAACUCAUUGGUGCUCCACUUUCUUCACCAAAUCUAGCCCCUAAGGCUGGGGACCUGAUUGUUCAGAUCGUGGAAGACAAGGCCGCACACACUGGUCCUUUUGUGGAAAAUUUAAGCAAUGAACCACAUGUCGAAGAUGACAUGAAAAGUGGGUCCAAUGUCCUGGGUACCAAUAAGUCACUCACGAUGGAGGAAAUUGUUGUUCAUCCGGUAGGUAUUUCCGAUGAUGCUUUUGUUAUUGUUACUGAUCCUGUUCCUACAAAUAAUGUUGAUGGAGAAGACCACCGAGACCAAAUUGUCCAGGCAAAAAUUUCAAUUCUCUUACCGCAGCAAGGGCGGCCGCCGUCUGCGGCGGUAGCGGCAUCCCAAACCCCACCCAUGACCGAUCGUCGUCAUGCACAGUGGAUGGGCACAAGUGGCCGGUCUUACGAGAAUAGCUUUGUGGGGGUAAAACGAGUUAAGAACUUCGUACAAAACUCCAAGUUCUUCACCCAGUCCGCGGACCCCAAUGAGGAGGCGGCGGCGGCGGCGGCGGAACUCCCACUGCACACUAACACCGCCAACAAGCCUACAGAGACAGCUAGUACUGUAGAGCCCGUUAGGUUUCGGAAUCCGUCUUGGCCGCCGGAAACUGCUCCAGACUCCGUGGACUGGAGGUUGGAGGGUGCUGUUACUCACGUCAAAAACCAACAAAACUGCGGUUCUGGUUGGGCGUUUGCGGCGAUAGCGGCAGCAGAAGGAAUAAUCAAGAUUUUAAGGGGUAGACUGGUGGCGUUAUCGGAACAACAACUGGUGGACUGCGACCGAAAAAAAAACCAGGGGUGUAAGGGCGGGAGCGUGGAGAAUGCGUUCAGAUACAUUAUGUUCGAGCCAGGGGGUGUGAUUAAUGAGACCGCGUACCCAUAUGCGGUCAACACAAGUGGGACUUGUCGUCGCAGGAAGCAGAUCAAGAAGGAGGACAACCAAACCCUCGUCGUCCCAAACGACGGGCUUAGAGGCGUGGCAUUUCUUGGAGGUGGUGUCGCCGAGGAACACCUCCGUUACGCUGUGGCCUGUCAGCCUGUCGCCGUCGAGUUCUCUUUACCUACCUGUGACGAUGAUCUCACGAGGUUCAUGUCGUACAAGGGAGGAGUUUUCAGUUUCUCUUCGACCAAUUGUAGCGGUUAUCGUGGCCACGCCUUCACCAUCGUGGGGUAUGGUAACGCCACCGACGACGACGGCGGGGUUGGUUAUUGGUUGGCCAAGAACUCAUUUGGAACCCACUCGGGCGAAGACGGUUAUAUGAGGAUCAAAAGAAACCCGGGCUCUGGCCGAGUGUUUGGCGGCCUCGGCAAAAACUAUACCGGCAUCCCGCCCCCACUCUUUCUCUUGCCCCAGCCUUAAUGUACUACUCCAUCUAUCCAACGCUCGUAUAUUUCUACCCUACAGAGUAUUCCCUCCCUCACAUAUCUUUACUCUCGUACCGUGCUAUUCCAACUUCACGCGAAUGCCUAUUUAUUUGUAUUUUUCAUGGCUUAUUUGAUAAAAAUGAAAUAUUUCUGACACU